ACCCUACCGGCCGACCUCACUCUUGGCAUUUAACCAAAUUUGGGGAGAACCAACCAGAUGCCAGCAUGAUGCAAAUAACUCCGGGCACGAUUGGCACUCCUUGGCCCCAGAGAUACCAUUCCAGCUCCUCUACCAGUGACCUCUCCAGCUUUGACCAUGCUUAUCUGAGGCGAAGCCCUGACCGCUGCAGUUCCCAGGGGAGCAUGGAGAGCCUGGAGCCCAGUGGGGGAUACCCACCCUGCCAUCUUCUUUCCCCUGCCAAGUCCACUGGCAGCAUUGACCAGCUCAGCCACCUCCAUAACAAGAGAGACUCGGCAUACAGCUCCUUCUCCACCAGUUCUAGCAUCCUAGAGUAUCCACCCCCUGGCAUCUCUAGCCGGGAGCGGUCAGGCUCCAUGGACACCACUAAUGCUCGGGGUGGCCUCCUAGAAGGGAUGAGGCAGGCUGACAUUCGCUAUGUCAAGACAGUCUAUGAUCCCCGGAGGGGAGUCUCGGCCGAGUAUGAGGUGAACUCUUCAGCCCUCCUUCUCCAAGGGAGGGAGGCCCGAGCGUCAGCAGAUGGUCAGGGCUAUGAUAAAUGGCAUAAUGUUCCUCGGGGUAAGGGAGCACCACCCCCAUCCUGGAGCCAGCAGUGCCCCAGUGCCUUGGAGACCACUCCCAACCUGCCUCCUAAAGUGGGCGCACCCCUGCCCCCAGCUCGGAGCGACAGUUACACAGCCUUUCGGCAGCGAGAACGACCCAGCUCGUGGUCUAGCCUCGAUCAGAAGCGGUUCUGUCGGCCUCAGGCAAACCCGGCAGGCUCCCUGAAAUCUCCCUUCAUAGAGGAACAGCUGCAUACCGUGCUAGAGAAGAGUCCAGAGAACAGCCCCCCAGCGAAGCCCAAGCACAGUUAUCCCCAGAAGGCCCAACCUGGCCAACCUCUGCUGCCAACUGGCAUCUACCCAGUCCCUUCUCUGGAGCCACACUUUGCCCAGGUGCCCCAGCCUUCUGUGAGUAGUAACGGCACGCUCUACCCAGCACUGGCCAAGGAGAGUGGGUAUACAGCUCCUCAUGGAGCUUGUGACAAGAUGGCUACCUUUGACGAGAAUGGGAACCAAAAUGGAUCUAGCAGGCCUGGGUUCGCCUUCUACCAGCCUCUAGAACAUGAUUCAGUGUCCCCAGGAGAGAGGAAACCUGAAACUUCAGCCAGAUGUGUCCCCUACAAAGUCCAUUUCCCUUCAGUACCUGAAAAUGAGGAGGAUACCUUCCUGGAGAGACAGCUCACACCUCUCCGAGGCAACAGCCCACAUCCCAAUGAGAGAAGGAGCACCCACAGCAACAAACCAUAUUCUAGUUACCACAGCCUCAGAUCCCCUCAGGCCUGGCAAGUGGGUGAAGACAAGAGGUCCUCCAGGCCCUCAGAGCCUUGGGAGGGUGAUUUACAUGAAGACCACAAUGCCAACCUGCAGCAGAGGCUGGAGAGGGAAAGCCUAGGCCAGAGCCUGUCGAACAACUUUGGCAGGACCAAGCCAGGCUUUUCCUCUCUCCAAAACAUUCCUGAGAGUCUAAGAGGGCAAAGCAGAUUGGAGCUAGGAGGAGGAGCCCAGGAGGGCUACCUGGAGGGCUGGUCUACCUCUGUAGUCAACAGCAAGGUAGAAGACUCUGGAAGGAAAGCUGUUCCUGACCACAGGAGCCAGCUGGACAGGCCAGUCUCCUAUCCAAGGCCUGAGGCAAGAACCAGUGCCUUGGCCUCUUUCCCCAGUUCAGACCCAAGGUAUGAGGAGCCUCCCUCCCCACCCCACCAGCAGACAUCUAGUCUGGGCAGGAGGCGGCUCAGCUCCAGCAGCACCUCCGCUCUGCAGGGCUUUCAGUAUGGGAACCCCCACUGCUCCGUGCUGGAGAAGGUUUCCAAGAUCGAGCAGCGAGAGCAAGGGAGCCAGAGACCCCCAAGUGUGAGCAGCUCUACUUACGGCCACAACUACAGGCCCAACAGGACGCUUGCGACUUCUAAUACUUUUGGGAAUGACUUUGACGAGACAAAAGCCAAUGUCCGUUUUUCUGAACCCACUGAACCCAUAGGCAAUGGGGAGCAGCACUUCAAAAACGAGGAGCCAAAGCUGGAAGAGGUUUCCUGGCAGCCAUGUGGUCAGCAGUUGAGGCGGGGUGCCGAUGUCGGCCGUGGCCCCCAACUUCACGGCAGUGAGCCCCCGAGGCGGGACCCUCACCUGCUCCGCAGCCAGAGCACCUUUCAGCUCUUCGGCGAGGCGGAGAAGGAGCCCGUGUGGCUGGACGAGAGGCCCGGCACGCCCGAGUCGCCGGUGCUGGACGCCCCCUUCAGCCGUGCCUACCGGAACAGCAUCAAGGACGCGCAGUCCCGUGUCCUGGGGGCCACCUCCUUUCGACGCCGGGACCUCGAGCUGGGGACACCGGCAACUUCGAGACCCUGGCGCCCGCGGCCCGCCUCGGCGCACGUGGGGCUGCGGAGCCCGGAGGCAGCGGCAUCCGCCUCCCCACACACGCCUCGUGAGCGGCACAGUGUGACCCCGGCCGAGGGCGACCCUGCCCGACCCGCGCCCCCUGCCGCCCGAAGGGGGCCGCGCCGCCGCCUGACCCCCGAGCAGAAGAAGCGCUCCUACUCAGAGCCUGAGAAGAUGAACGAGGUGGGGAUCUCGGAGGAGGCCGAGCCGGCGCCCUCGAGCCCGCAGAGGAAGGGGCUGCGUUUCCCCGAGAGCGCGGUGGCGGAUCGGCGCCGCAUCUUCGAGCGCGACGGCAAGGCCUGCUCCACGCUCAGCCUGUCGGGCCCGGAGCUCAAGCAGUUCCAGCAGAGCGCUCUGGCCGACUACAUUCAGCGCAAGACCGGCAAGCGGCCUUCCUCCGCCGCCGGCUGCGGCCUCCAGGAGCCCGGGCUGCUGCGGGAGCGCGCCCAGAGCACCUACCUGCAGCCGGGCCCCGCGGCGCCCGAAGGCCCCAGCCUCGCCUCGGCCUCCAGCCUCUGCUCCCUGCGGGAAGCCAGUCUGCAGCCCCGCAGGGAGGCCGUCCUCCUGCCGGCCGCAGCAGUGGGGGGCGCGGGGGAGUCCCCGCGGGCCCCCAGAGAUCGCAGCAGCUCCUUCGCUGGAGGCCGCCUCCUAGGGGAACGGCGACGUGGGGACCAAGCCCCAACGGAGCAGCUCGGUGGAGCUAGUAACUAUGGACCAAUGAGCACCCAGAGGGUGGACAGAACCCCUGGGGAGCCCUCCGCGUGGGGAGCCGCGGCCAAGAGGGCUGGGAAGUCCAUGUCUGCAGAGGACCUGCUAGAGCGCUCCGAUGUCCUGGCGGUCCCUGUCCAUGUGAGAUCACGGUCCUCGCCCACUGCAGACAAGAAGUGUCAGGAUGUGGUUUUGGGGGAAAGCAACAGCUUUGGUCUUGUGAAGGAUCCAUGUUAUCUGGCUGGCCCUGGGUCCAGGUCAUUCAGUUGUUCAGAAAGAGGCCAUGAGGACAUGUCGUUGCUCAAACACCAUCCCAGCCCUCGUUGGGGUGGUCCAGGCUGCAAAGCAGUUGGUGGUGCCUCUGUCCCCAGCAAAUGUCCUGGACCCCUGGACCCUCAAAGGCAGGCUAGCAGAACAAUGCCUUGCCCUGGGCUGCUCCCCACAGGAAUGCCAGGGCACCUCACAGACAGCAGGGCUGCACCCUUGACCCCACUCGGCUCCGCUCUGCCUUCCCCUGCACCCUUGAGCUCUCAGGCUGCAACCGAUCAGCCAACUGGAAGGGAUGGUCCAAUGGGGCAACAGCCUCUUCCGCCCCACACCCAAGCAGUGACCCACAGAAGUGACGGUCACGGCCUCGUCCAGCCUGCCAGUCCAAGAGGCCAUGAGCCCAACAGCCCAGAGCAUGGGAUGGAAGAGGCAACAAGGAGGCGGGUCUCGCUGCCUCAGCGGCCUGCCCCGCCUCGGGUGAAGUGGGCCCACGCAGUCAGAGAGGACAGCCUCCCUGAGGACUCUUCGUCACCUGAGUUUGCAAACCUGAAGCACUACAAAACACGGCAGGCUCCUCCAAGCUCAAGCAGCACUCUUGAGGACACGCCUCUUGGGACCCCAAGCACUCCAGGGAGGCUCUCCCUCCGAAUAUCUGAGUCAGUCCUGCAGGCCUCCCCACCACCUCGGGAGGACAUUGAUGAUGAAGUGUUUGUGAAGGACUUGUACCCCAAUGCCAUUUCCAGUCCCACAUUUGACCUGCCCCCACCCCCACCGCCUCCACUGAGCCAGGACACACCUGUGAAUAGCUUGGACGACUUCCCUCCACCUCCUCCCCAAGCUAUGUAUGAGGCAGAGCUGGUCAGUGAGGAUUACAAGGAGCCCUGUACCAGCAGCUCCAGCAAAUUUGCCAAGGUGACAGUUGCCAAGGAAAGGCCCAUUCCCGGUACAGUCCAUUUAGUUGGUAGUCAGAUACCGGCUUCCAGAUCCCAAACUUCAAUCAAGGUUUCAGAGGCCAACGAGACCAACCCACCUUCCAGCAUGGGUGCUCUGCCCCAACUUGAUGGGGCUCUUGGCAAGCAGCCAAGCCCCGGGCAGCCACCUCCCAUCCAUGACCCAGUCUGUGGGACUCAGGGUUUAGAAAAGAAUGUCAGUUCUGGCCCUCAAAAGACCUCAGAAGACAUUAGAACAGAGGCUCUGGCCAAGGAAAUUGUCCACCAGGACAAAUCUCUGGCAGACAUUUUGGAUCCAGACUCCAGAAUGAAGACAACUAUGGACCUGAUGGAAGGUUUAUUUCCCCGAGAUGUUAACUUGCUGAAGGAGAACAGCAUAAAGAGAAAGGCCAUGCAGAGAACUGUCAACUGUGCAGAAUAUGAAGGCAAGAGGAGUGAAGACAGGGAAGCAGUGGGCAUGUUGGUCACCUGCCCUGCCUACUACAGUGUGUCUGCUCCCAAGGCCGAACUUCUGAACAAGAUCAAAGAUAUGCCAGAAGAGGCCAACGAGGGAGAGGAGCCGGUGGAUGUCAAUGAAAAGAAGGCCGAGCUCAUUGGAAGCCUCACCCACAAGCUUGAGACCCUCCAGGAAGCGAAAGGGAGUCUGCUGAUGGACAUCAAGCUCAACAAUGCCUUGGGGGAAGAGGUGGAGGCUUUGAUCAGCGAGCUCUGCAAGCCCAAUGAGUUUGACAAGUACAGGAUGUUCAUCGGGGACUUGGACAAGGUGGUAAACCUGCUGCUCUCCCUCUCAGGGCGCCUGGCCCGUGUGGAGAACGUCCUGAGCGGCCUCAGCGAGGAUGCCAGUAACGAAGAAAGGAGCUCUCUCAAUGAGAAGAGGAAGGUCCUGGCUGGGCAGCACGAGGACGCCCGAGAGCUCAAGGAGAACCUGGAUCGAAGGGAACGUGUGGUGUUGGACAUCCUGGCCAACUACCUCUCAGAGGAGCAACUCCAGGAUUACCAGCAUUUUGUGAAAAUGAAGUCAACACUCCUCAUUGAGCAGCGAAAGCUGGACGACAAGAUCAAGCUAGGCCAGGAACAAGUCAAAUGUCUGCUGGAGAGUCUCCCCUCAGAUUUCAUUCCCAAGGCAGGGGCCCUGGCUCUGCCCCCAGACCUGGAGAGUGAGAUGGCUCCUGCUGGGGGGUGUACUGUAAGUGGUGUUUUCCCGACAUUAACCUCUCCACUUUAACCUCUUCUAAAAGACCCAACCAAAAGAUCACCCUUUCUCUCAACACUAUUUAAUCUGAAAACUGUUUCAGUGCAAACCACCAUUUAAACUCUAUGGGUCAUUGGGGUUUUUCUGGAUAAAAGGAAAAAAUUCUAUCCAGGAAAAAGCCUGCUUUUUUGUUUUUUGUUUUUUUUCCUUCUCGCCCUACGUGAUUGAUCUGAGAGCUUGAAUGCUGCUGGGAACUUAGCCCUUUCUAUUCUCACUUUCUAGUAGAAGGAAAAUUAAUGAAACUGUGAGAACUGUUUGGAGGGCGUUUGAUUGGUUAGUUUUUAGCAGGCUGAGGCAACAUAGAUGAGUGUGUGUCACCCUCAGGAAUGUAUCCACAGCGGCCUUCCUUGCUUGUGGGCAGUGUGUCCUGACGACAGAUAUAAGAACUCACUAAUGAAGGGUCUGCAACAUAAAGCCUUAAAAAGAAACAUACACAGAAGAAAACUGUAAAACCUUGAACAUUGUUGUUAUUUAUAUUUUUUAAAAUGAAAAAAUCAUUAUGUUUGUGUGCUAACCACUUAUUUGAUUCUGUUUUGUGGUGGACGUAGACAAUUGCGUUUGAGCUUUGUAUUUUGUGCAAACCUUAAUGAAAUGAAGAAUUCCAAAGAUAGUCACAUUGAGCGUGGAGACUUUUGGUUUUUUCUUCAACCCUUGGCUUGUUGCUCUUAUUUGUACAAAUAUGAGCAGACCUUCUACACUUGUGUUAAAAUUGGGGAAUCCCAGUUUCCCCGGCUGCCAGUUGUCACCACUUUACUUCUGUAGUGUUCCUCUUGGAACACUACACCUUGCCCAGGAAGAAGGAUUUGUGCAACAUGGCUAUCACAUCAUUUCCUAGUGCUUCUUGGCAUUCCCACCCUGGUGGGGAGAUAGAGCUCAAUUUUACUAACAAGGACAACAGCUCUCCAAUCUGUAUACAAGGACAGUCAGAAACCAAUUCAAAACUGAAUUCAUGCUGUCCUUCUGCAUGGGAUUUGGGCUAAAUGUAACCUGUUUUAAGAGAUAUACUGUGAGGCUGUUUUAAUGAUUUUUUUUUUAAGAUUUUAUUUAUUUGAGAGAGAAAGCAUGAGAAGGGGAGCAGAAUCCCUGGUGAGUGGGGAGACUGAUGCAGGACUCGAUCCUGGGACUCCAGGAUUAUGACCUGAGCCGAAGGCAGUCACUUAACCGACUGAGCCACCCUAGGCGCCCCCCACCUUUUUUUUUUCUUUAAAGAUUUUAUGUUUUAAUGAUGCUUUUAAAAGUUUUCCUAAAUUGUUAAGCCUAUCAACCACCAUUAAAAACAGCCUUCUUAAUAUCUGAAGACUGAUUUUGCACUAUCAAUCUGAAGUUUGCACAGUGCAUCUGAAGACUAGGAUUUUGCUUCACAAUAAUGACUUUCUGGAGGGUACUCUUGAGCCCAAGUUGUAAGUCUAUUCAAACAGACUGGGAGGUGGAAGGAGGCUAGGGCCAGUGGCCAGGAUAGCAACAACCUCAUACUUUACAGCAGGUGGGCUUUGGUUUAGUUUGUUGUUUUCAUGUGCUCAACCCAUGGCUAGUGGCCACCUCUGCUAAUUUGGACUGCAAGUACUAUAGAGAACUGAAGAGUAAAACUUGUAUGAGAGACCAAAUGCCCUUUCCUCCCCUAGUACAUUUUAAUUACUUGAUGAACUGUAUCUUCUGGUUAAGAACUUCAAAACUAUAGUUUUGUUCCCCGAUACAGAUGUCUUUUGAUGAGCUUAGAACCAAAGGCCACCCAGACGUUUCUUGUGCGCAAUCAACCAAAGCUGUUGCUUCCCUUUUUGGAGGUUAGACGCUGACUCCCAUUGGUACAGUGAGACAGCGCCUCUGUCUCCCAGGAAUGUUGUCAGAAGCUGCUCUCUCACAUCCAAAGGUCCCAUUUCCCAGGGACUCGGUGGAACCUGUGGCGGCGUUCAGCAGCCACACCACAUGGUCAUUUUGAGGUAGAGAAAAACAGAGCAUCUGACAUUUCCUCAGGCUUAGGCCAACACGGGAGCCCCAGAUCACCUCCAGUUGGUAAAUAACUGUGUCUUGCUGACACUGAGUGACUCUUUCCAUCAGAUCAGGUGGGAGCCAGCCAAUAAAUGUCUUCAGCUGCUCCCAGUGAAAUUCCUCAGGGGGAUUCUGGGGCCGCCCACAUUCCCAACACUCUCCAAAAUGAUUCUGCUGAAGGAUUUGACUGGGCACACUUUGUAAGUCUUUUUCAAUCACUUUUCUAAUUUAUACAUGUCAAGCAUAGGGCAUGCCUAGGACAUCAUCCCUUCCUUUGCUACACUGAGAUGUUCUGUCGUUAAGUGAAAUGAGGGAGGUAUCAGGUGCAACUAUGAAAACUAAUUCUUAGGGGAUGUGAUACUUCCUAUAGCAGGACUUGACCUUUGCUUGACGAAAAGAAAACCACUAACUUAAUUUUCAUUAUUAAUUUUUAAAUGCCUUUAGCUCAACAGUAAGUCUGUUCUCUAUCCCUUUCCUAUUUUUGCAUUCUCUUUCCACUAUCAUCUUGAGGCGCCUGGGUGGCGCAGUCGGUUAAGUGUCUGCCUUCGGCUCAGGUCAUGAUCCGGGGUCUUGGGAUCGAGUCCCACAUUGGGCUCCCUGCUCAGUGGGGAGUCUGCUUCUCCCUCUCUCUCUCUGCCACUAACCCCUGCUUGUGCUCUCUCUCUCGCUUAAAUAAAAUCUUCAAGAACAAAAAGCAGUCAUCUACAGAAGCCAUC